AUGUCCACACGAUGCCCUGCUUGUUUCCAUGAUAAUCUUACGGUUACAGGUUUCAGUCAGCAUCUUGCAAAGAGCCGCAACCCACAUUGUCAAGCACUGUACUGUCAGUCGCACUCUCAAAUACAUGCCAACGAUCCUUACUAUGAACCUGAUACUGACGGGGUAUAUGGUCAGGAUGACUUGGAGUUUGCACAGGCUGAUGAUCUGGAGUUUGUGUGGGAGCAAAUUAGUGGUCAUGACGAUGCAGAUGAUGAUGCGUCAGACGAUGGGUUGAAUGCUGAACCUGAAUGGGAGCCUCCGGUUGAAGCAGUUGAAGAGGACAAUGGCAGUAGCAUGGACGACCCCAAAAUUCAAGCACGUGCACAAGGGCUGCGUGGCUGCGUGGUCAUGCCUUACCCAGAUCCGCGUGCUGGUGAACAAAUAGCUAAUCAAGCCAACCAUCAUGCUGCAAAUGUGGAAUAUGGGGCUCAUUUUGCCAAUACGGAGCAGGAGAAUUUGUACCAUCCUUUCACUUGUAAGAUGGAUUGGGAGGUCGCCAGAUGGGCGAAACUUCACGGAGUCAGUUCGACAGCUUUUUCAGACUUGCUUGCAAUCGAGGGGGUCAGUGAAUGCUUGUCACUCUCCUUCAAGAAUGCGAAAGAGUUGAACGCACUUGUUGACCAUGAGCUUCUGAGUAGCCAUCCAAAGUUCAAGCGAGAGCAGAUCGUCGUCGCUGGUGAAGCCUUUGAUGUAUAUUAUCACGAUGUGAUUGAAUGUGUCAGGUCACUGUACGGUGAUCCUGAUUUCGCAAAAUAUCUUGCAUUUGCCCCCGAGUGGCAUUAUUCUGACAAGGAUAAAACAGUUCGUCUUUUUCAUGAUAUGCAUACAGGAAAAUGGUGGUGGGAUACGCAGAAAAAACUGGAUCAGCACAGUCCAGGUGGCACCAUCAUUCCCAUCAUUAUCUCGUCUGACAAAACGCAAGUGACCUUGUUCCGCAACAAGUCUGUCUAUCCCGUCUAUCUCACCAUUGGCAACAUCCCUAAAGAAAUCCGAUGCAAACCAUCACGUGGUGCACAUAUACUCCUGGCAUAUUUGCCAUGUACACAACUUGAACACAUCACCAACAAAGCAUCGUGUCGCUGA